AUGUCCUUGAACAGUUGGUCAUGGCGAAUAUGUGGUACUGAAAAUUUCAAUACACAUUUGGUCUUUCAGCAGGCAUCAUCUGCUAUACUUCGCGUGGAUAUUGUCAAUAUUUUGGAUUUCAUAGAGAGGUUAAAGAAUGAAGAAGAUCAAAUUGUUAUUCACACAGAUCAAAUCAAAAAGUUAAAAUUGGAGCUAACAUUUAUGUCAGCAUGUUUACAGCUUUGUUAUUACAUUUUGGAUGGUUCUGAUGCUGAAAUGUCUUGCAUAUCAUAUGAGGUUCAUGAUCUAGUUCAAUUACUUUUUCAUCACAGUGAAGAUGAUAUGCUGGUUAAAUUAAAGGAUUAUGUUAUUCCUCGUCUCCUUGAAAAUAUCAAAAGUUCUAUCAUCUCAGAUCAUCACUCUGAAUCAAAUGCCACCAUGAUUGAGAAUCAGCUGCUUGAACUUUUGGAUGCUCUCCUUUUAAAUCUCCAAUAUCUACCCAAGGUUCGUGUUGCAUUGAUUUUCCCAUCAAUGACUCAAUAUGAACUUCUUCAGAAUGUAUUUGGCUUUUUAAGAGGAUUUCAUGGUCUAAUAGUAAAUGGUUGCAUCGAGCGUAAGAUAAUUGAAUAUGUCUUACCUGAGUUUCAACUUAUGGCUGAGAGAGUAGGACACUUUUGUUUUGUCCUUUUGUUUUAUCAACUUGAUAAACAAAAUGAAGAUGCACUUGAUUAUAUACUUGAAGCCUUUCGAGUUAAUUCCAAGCUAGCAAAUCUGCUUCUGGAGGUUAUUCCUGUUGAACUGGAGGUUAUGCACAUAUGUUCUACAAAUUUGAAAACUUCAAAGUCGGCAGAAAUUGGAUGCUCCAUUCAGAAGCUCCUAGAAGCCUCUCCAGACAUUCUUAGAGAAUCUCUGAUUCAUCUACAACAGCACAUGGUUAAUGCUAUUACUCGUAGCACUUCAGCGUGCAACAUUCACGUCAUGAUAGAGUUCCUAUUGAUUAUUCUUUCUGAUGUGCCCAGGGACAUUAUUCGCCAUGACAAAUUAUUUGUUCUCUUGGCACGUAUCAAAGCAAUUACCAGGGAAGUAUGUGUUCUUGUUCUGAACUUAGAAGAGAACUCAAGGAAUGAAGAGAAUAUGAAUGAAGCAAUAGGUACAAGUCUAAACUUAUCGAAAAAUAUUGAAAUCCUGAAGGAAGAUCUCAAGAAUGUUGUCUUGAGAGCCCCUGUAGACGUAUCUCAACUCUGUUUCCCCAUGAGUGAUGGACCUCUUUUCAUGACUCUUCUACUCAGAAACCUAAAUGACUUGCUCAAUUCUAAUGCUUAUUCAGUCACUUUGAUAAAAGUUGAAAUUAGACGGAUGAAAGAAGACCUGGAAAUCAUUAGAUCUUUUUUCAGGAAUGUUGAGCAAGAAUUGCAUUGGUAUAUUUGGACUCGUAUCCUAGAUGUGGCAUAUGAGGCAGAACAUGUCAUUAAUUUAAUUCUUGCUAGAGAUCAUGGUCUAUUGCAGCUUAUCUUCUUACUUACUGAUGCUGUUGAAAAAAUCAAGCUUAAAAAAGAGGUACAAGGGAAGAUCUCCAAGAACACGAGUAUUGUUGUUGCAAAUUCUCCUAAUAAGCCAUCUGAAAGCAAAUCAUCAAUCGUUGGUCAAAUACUUGUAGGUUUUGAGGAGGAGACAGAGUGGAUAAUUAGGCAGCUCACUAGUGGACCAGCUGAAAUUGACGUCAUUUUCAUAGUUGUUGGUAUGCCAGGGCUUGGAAAAACUACUUUGGAUCACAAAGUAUAUAAUAAUAAGUGUGUUGCUGAUCAUUUUGAUGUUCAUGCUUGGUGCACAGUCGACCAAGAACGUAAUAUGAAAAAGUUUCUACAGAAACUCUAUAAUCAAGUUAUUGGAUUGAAAGAAAGGUACAAUGAGAAUGACGUAGAUGAUGACGUUGUUGAUAACCCGAAACAACUGUUUGAAAAGAGGUAUCUUAUUAUCUUGGAUGAUGUGUGGGAUACUGCUACAUGGGAUGACCUAACAAUGUCUUUUCCUGAAGUGAAGAAAGGAAGCAGAGUUAUUUUAACAAGUCGGAAGAAGGAAGUGGCUUUGCAUGGAAAACGUCACAGUGAUCCUCUUGACCUUCGAUUGCUAAGACCAGAUGAAAGUUGGGAGUUAUUGAGGGUAUUCGGAGAAGAUUGUUGCCCUGAUGAACUAAAGGAUGUAGGAGAAAAAAUAGCCCGAAAGUGUGAUGGGCUUCCUUUGGUACUUGAUCUGAUUGGUGGAGUCAUUGCAAAGAAGGAAAAGAAAGAGGCUUUGUUGCUCGAUGCUUUGGAUAAUUUGAGUUCUUCUAAUUUGAAGGAUGAAGAGGAAGUGAUAAAGGUUAUACAAUUAAGUUAUGACCAUUUAUCAGAUCACCUAAAGCCAUGCUUGAUUUACCUUGCAAGCUAUUCAAAGGACGAAGAGAUUGCAAUCUCUGAUUUGACAGAUUUACGGAUUGCUGAAGGGCUUGUGGAACUAUCUGGGAUGGCGGUUUAUGUGGAUGAGUUAAUUUCCAGUAGCUUGGUAAUAGUUUCAAAUCGGAGAUGGAGAAGUUGCAAAAUUCAUGAUCUUAUGCAUGAUUUUUGUUCGAUAAAAGCUAGAAAGGAAAAGUUGUUUGACUUCAUAAGUUCAAGUGUUCCGCAUUCUUCUUCAGAUCCGAUGCCACGUGCAAUGACCAUUGAUUAUGAUCAUCAUCUUGGUUCAGAUGAGGAUUUUUUCAUGUUCAAUCCAGAAAAGAAAAAUCCUUAUGUUAAACACCUCCUUUCUUUGAAGGUAGAUCUUCUUUCCUACAAGUGCCACCUAAGACACUUGAGGCUACUUAAAAGGUUGGAGCUGCGCGAAAUAGUUUUAACAAAUUCGUUGCUGAAUGAAAUAGGCAUGCUUGGUUAUUUGAGGCACUUAAAAAUUCGGAUGAAGGUAAAAUCUCUCCCACUGUCAUUUUCAAACCUCUGGAAUCUUGAAACACUGGAGGUGGAUAAUCUGGGAUAAAAGAUGGUGCUAUCACGUGGUAUUUGGAGUCUUGCAAAACUAAGACAUUUGGGAGUGGAUUAUUGUUCUCUUGUUGAUAGGCACAUUGAUGGACCAAUAGUGUUAGAAGAUGAAUCAAAGUUAGAGAAUUUGAGAACAUUAGAUAAGCUCAGACUGACUUACUCGAAAUACACAGAGUAUAUUUUCAAAAGGUUUUCCAAUCUUCGAAGCCUCUCAUUCACCAUUAAAGAACCAUGGCGUUGUUCAGAAGAGCAGAUUUGUUUUCCAAGAUUGGAUGUCCUUAAUGAACUUGAACAAGUUUGCGCAUAUUUUUCCUGCACUGCCGGCAGUAAACAUACACAUCAGUUUGAUUUUCACUUCCCUUUGAGCUUGAAAGAACGGGUAUUGGAAGGCUUUCAUCUGACAUCCGAUUCAUUGUCAAGACUACCCAACCUUCAAAGCCUGAGUCUAGAUUACACGAUCAUCCAGGGAGGUGAAUGGAACAUGGAAGAAGUUAUUUUUGAGAAUCUCAAGUUUAUAAAAAUGUGGGCGGUGUAUUUUCCUGAGUGGCAGGUUGGAGAGGAAUCCUUUCCCGUGCUCGAGGAAUUACAAAUGCACUGGUGUAAUAAGCUUAUGGAGAUUCCGGAAACUUUUGGGGAUAUUACUUCAUUAAAGUCUAUCCAUCUGCAUGGAUGCCCUCAACUUGAAGAUUCAGCUCUAAGGAUUAAGGAAUAUGUUGCAGAAAUGACAGGAGAAGAAGACAAGCUUGAGGUCAGGUGCUGGUAG